CGCAGGGAGCAGCUCCAAGAUGUCGGCGCCCAUCAGCCGGGGCAGCCGCGGCGCCGAGCCCGGCGCGGCUCCCUACGGAAACUUCCCGAAUUAUUCCCGCUUCCACCCGCCCGAGGCGCGCAUCAGCCUCCUGCCCCGAGGGCUCCUGCGCAGCCUCUUCCCCGCGGCCACCCGCCCGCUCCUCGGGCUCGAUGUGGGCUGCAACUCCGGGGAGCUCAGCGUGGCUCUGUACCAGCACCUGCUGGGGCUCCAGGACAGCAGUUCCAGCCCGGAGCCGCCGGGGGCCGGGAAGGAGCUGAAGCUGCUGUGCUGCGACAUCGAUCCCGAGCUGAUCCGGAGGGCCCAGCAGAGCAGCCCCUUCCCUGCUUCCAUCUCCUUCGCCAGCCUGGACAUCAUGGACUCGGGGGCCAGGGAGCCCUUCCUGAGCUCCUACCUGGAGCGCUUCGGCCGCUCCUCCUUCGACAUCGGCUUCUGCAUGUCCGUGACCAUGUGGAUCCACCUGAACCACGGCGACGGGGGCCUGCUGGAGUUCCUGGCCCUGCUGGCCUCGCUGUGCACCUUCCUGCUGGUGGAGCCCCAGCCCUGGAGGUGCUACCGGGCGGCCGCGCGCCGGCUCCGCAGGCUGGGCCGCGGCGACUUCGAGCACUUCCGCUCGCUGCGGAUCAACGGGGACAUGGCCGAGAGCGUCACGCGCAUCCUGACCCAGCAGUGUGCCAUGGAGCUCGUCUGCUCCUUCGGGAGCACCUCCUGGGACAGGAGCCUGCUGCUCUUCAAAUCCACCGCUGCCCGGCCUGAGGGCUCCGGCUGAGCGGCGGCCUCGCACAGCCGCGGGUUCACGGGCAAGGAGGCAGAGCUGGGAGUUCCUAAAUCCCCGUUGGGACCAGGCCCUGGCUUCCCGUGAGAAUCCAGGACAAGGAAUGUCUGUGACUGAUUUUUUCAACCAGUUUUGUGGGGUGGGAGGUUGUUCAAGCAGGUGCUCCUGGAAUCCAGGCUCCUACGUGUGCUUUCCGUGUGUAUCAAGAAUAUUCCCUGGAAUACCAGUCCCUCAGAGGCCUGCCCUGGAUCCAGGUGUGGCCUCACCUGGCCCAGCAAAGGUGAAUUAUUGAUCCCACCUGAAUCCCACCCUGCCGGGACAGUGCUGCCGUUCCUGAAUACCAGGGAACAUGUCCUAGGGAAUGUAGAAUGUCCUGACUGGAAUGGCCUCACAAGGAUCCUUGAGUCCAGCUCCUGGCCCAGCACACGACAUCCCAAAAAAAUCCCACUAAUCCCAAAAUCCUGAUGCCCAAGUUGUCCGGACAUUGCCAGACCUCCAGAAUCGUGGAAUAUCCAGAGCUGGAAGGGACCUGUGAGGAUCUUGGAGUCAUGGAAGAUCCAGAGCUGGAAGGGACCCGCCUGAAUCAUCAACUCCAACUC